AUGCUUUCCGCCCAACUAGACGAGAUCAAGGCGGGAAUCCACAUUGCUGCCGACAAGGAGCAUCCUGAUGUCUUCACUCCACUUCCUGAGUCGGUGUGCAUUCGAAUCUUGAAUCGCAACGAAGGCGAGGCGUACCCUGUGUACAUCAGCACGGUGGAGACGCCGGCAAAGGAAACGGAAAUUCCGAUGAAGCUGGACCUCGACUAUGCUGAGUUCCAGGGCUUUUCGGCCGACAGUGAGUUGCCGAGCUGGAUCCAAGAGACCAUUGAGGCGAAGGAGAAGGAAGAUCCAAGUUGGAUGAUGAACCAGGUCUACGAAUAUGAUUUCGACUCUCCGGGCGCUCAGGAAUACUCCCGCCUUUACAGCGACUGGACGGGUGACCACAGGAUCCAUGUGAUGAUCGAUGGCGCCGAGGUGGGAUGCACUUACCUCAAGGAUGCCCAGAUAGAGAACGAUAAGGGCUGGAAGUACAACCUCACGGGAUUUAGGGUUGCGAGGUGCCACGAGAGGGGGUUCGUCUUGAAUCCCUUGCCAGACGGAAUCGGCGAUGUUAUGGGAGGUGUCGGGGAACGUGGUGGGGAACGUGGUCAAGUGGUUCAGGACGGCAACGAGGAUAGUGAUAUUCCGAAUUCAGGUUUCCGCUGGGUCCAACGCAGUGCAGCGACUGGCAACGCGCAGCCUCUUCCUAUGGCUAGCGACCCAACGAACCCUCUUGCAACGGGCUUGCCCCCCGACGUCAGCGUCGUGCAAGUAACGAUCACCGUUGGAAAAAUCAAUGCAACCGUCGACAAGUACAUAAUGUUCGGAGCUUCACAGCCACCGGGACUCUACGUUCCUCCGCAGCCCGAUCCCACGUGCUUGUCUCCCUCUGGCAAGCAUUGGAAGCCGACGGUUGGUCCAGACGCGCCAGGUGCUGGUCCCACCCCUCAAUCUCAUAAGAAGAAGAAGAAGGGCAAAUGGGUGCCUGCUGAUUACUCUAACCGGCCUGAGAAUAUCAUCUUCAAUGCCUCCAAAAACCCUGCUUCGUGGAGGCCCAUUGGGCUGGCGCCGUUUGAGACGAAGAUAAAGCAGGUGAAGGAAGUUCAGUUUACGGCAGCGCAGCAUCUCGUGAGGUUCCUGUUUUUCAUCGUUCCUCCCCAGACGAGAAAAAACAAAACGGCGGGAAAGGAGGCUUCAAGCCAGACGUCCGAGCCACAGGAUGCCGAGGAUCAGCAAGAUGAGAAGAAUACCGAACCGGCUGUGCGAGAGAGUGGCGAUGCUGCAGGCGGAUCUGUGGCUCCAUCUGGAGAAUCAAUUCCUCCCGAUUCCGUCUCGAAGAAUUUCAUGAACGACGCUAAUGAGGUCAAAACCGAGCAUACCAACGCCCUGUUGAACCGAUCCUUUACUGGGUUUGAGCCCAAAGACCGCGCCAAAAUCUUUACUAGUUGGGACACUGCGGACAAUAGCAUCGGUGGCAAAACGUCGAUGCUGACCACGAAUACGCCUCGCAAUUCUUUGUCGGAUAUAGAAGCUAUCAUUGCUGGGGGAUCCGGUUCAAUUCACCAGACCAGUUAUCGUGCCCGCCAUGCUAACGGUAGCUUCGUUCAAGACAACUCUGCACGGCAUCCGCCAAACCCGUAUGCCCGACCCCGAGAGAAUGUGCGUGGACUUCAGAAUACGUCUCCAUUUCAUACGGCUGUCGAUCCUGCCCAUAAAUGGAGCAUGGGCAAUGCCGGUCAGGCUUACCCAGGAUUCUACAACUAUGCCCUUCCUGGAAAUGCGGGGGUGAAUGGCCCGUCGUCUGUUGUGGGAAAUCGUAUGUCAGAUAUCGAGGACUGGAGAUCUCAGGGCUGGAGCUAUCCCCAGAGCGGAGCCUCGACACAGCAGCCUCAGUUCCCCAUUCCAGCGCCAGCGUUUGUGGAUCCUGCUCAGAUGAAUGGUCUGCGUACUGGUGGAUCUUUCCAGGAUAUGGACCAAUGGAGAUCUCAGGGCUGGAACUAUCCCCAGAGCGGAGGCUCGACACAGCAGCCUCAGUUCCCCGUUCCAGCGCCAGUGUUUGUGGAUCCUGCUCAGAUGAAUGGUUUGCCGACUGGUGGAUCUGCAUCUUUCCAGGGUAUGGACGAAUGGAGAGCUCAGGGCUGGGAACCUCACCCGGGCAAUGAGUACCGUAGAUCUCACCAGGGCAUAGUGGACCGGGGAGAUGCUUACAAUAUGGCUCCUGCUCCACACUUCAACUGGAGAGCUAACCAGGACAUGGUGGGCCACAGAGAGGUUGAGCCUAUGGCUCCUUCUCCUCAUUCGAUGAUUUCCAAGCCCGAGUUUGGAAACAAACGCUCUGCCAGUCCAUCAGGAGAAACCCCCGAGAACAAGAUGCCUCGUCUUGGUAGCUCGAUUGUUGAGUUCGAAAACUGCCCGGCUGUUGAGGGUGGUGAUUGAGCGACGAUUGGGUAAUGAACUUUGAAGUCUUCUUACGUUUUUAGCAAAUAGAAGGCAAUGGUAAGUUCUUCUUCCGAGUUGUCCCUCUACUUUAUAGGUUGCGUAACCACACCAAUAGAUUCUUUGACAUAAUAGCG